UGCGGGACGCGCCAGCGGCGCCAGUCUGCAUCCUGCCGGCCCAUCGCACCGAGUCAGACAGCCUCCUCCGACAAACGAUGAUGACGCCUUUAUCUCUGGCAUGCAUCCUCUUCGUAGCCUGCUUCUCUGGUGAAGCGCUGGCUGCUCCUCCGGGCGACUUGAUCACCAAGAUCGCCAGCAACCUAGGAUGUGGAGUCCCCUCAGAUGUUAACGCCUGCGUCCUGACCAAGUUCCGGUCCCUUAUGGACAAGAGCAAGCAGGCCUUGAUUGAAGCGGCCCAAACCAAGUUCGGCGGCGUGGGCUCUGACCCCAUUUCGAAGAUUGCAUUCCCAGAGAAGACUGUGGGUCCGGUCACUGUCUCUGGCAGCGACAUCAGUGUCGCCGGGCUCACCACUCUCCGCGUCGACAGCGUAGAGUUAUCUGGCAAUUCUGUGCAGACGACUCUGAAGCUUGGAAAGAUGGUCAUCAAGGGCCAGUUCGCCGUGAAAUACGGCCCACUUAAGCAGGAGAUUCCUCUCACGAUCAAUAUCCGUGGUGUGAAAGCGACAGGGGAAGCGAUAUUUGGCAGUGCCUCGGGGAAGUAUGUCGUGGAGGACGUCAAAAUCGACAUCAAGGUUGAUUCUAUGGAGGCGGACGUCGGCAACAACCCUUUGCUCGGUCCUUUGGUAGAAAGCUUUAUCAACGACAACAAGAAGCUGAACGGAGAGACCCUGCCGUGGCUGGCAACAAUGGUCCAGGCUUGGCUGAAGAAAACAUUAACCAAACAUUUGAGCAGACUAGGCUAAGUCAUGAAAUUAAGAACGAGUUGGCUCUUGUUGAACGAGUUCAAUUUUUCAUUUUGCCGGCCCAUCUUGCACCACACGGCACUUAUGGGCCUGCUAAUAACCGAGCACUUGACUGCAUUCAAGUAAUGAAGCGUUGGUUUGUCUCGGCAUUACUGCCAUGUAAUCGUUUUUGGAAGUGCAAUUUUGAUACAGACUCAUAUGAGAAAAGUUACCAUCGCAAAAACAACAAGCCAUCGCGUGAACGUUAAUACAGAUAUGAUUCUUGCAACAA